AUGUCGUUAGAGGGCUACAAUGCCGGCGAUUCGUUACCGUAUCAGGAUGCAACAGCAAAACGGCAGCCAUGGUUGCGAGAUUUUAUGUGUAAAUGGCGAAGUGAAGCGAAAGGUCGUAGUAAAGCGAUGCCUCACGUGAAGACUUAUACUGAUAUCGUGGAUGGCGUACCGCAGUGGAUACUCGUCACUAGCGCCAACCUCUCGAAAGCUGCCUGGGGUGCACUUCAGGUUCGCGCUGUUGCUACUUAA